AGUGUCUCAUUGCAGUUUAAAAAGUGCAACGAGGGGAUCCUGGUGCUGAGCAAGAUGUUUUAUCUGGUGCAAAAAUUAUCCAGCUGUAUAUAUGGGCAAAUAUAAUUAAUCUACGUUACGAAUUGUUCUGUUUAUUAUUAUUAUUAUUAUUAGUAGUAGUAGUAGUAGUAGUAGUAGUAGUAGUGCAGUUAUACUUAAAUUUACUUAACAUUUAAAUUAAACAGUCAAUUGUCAGCAAGGUAGUUAUUUUACUCCUGUCCACUUGGCGGAGACAAACCAUCUGGAAGCUUUUAAUCCGGAAGGUGGGAAAAGAGGAGAGAAACAGCUAGAGGAAGAAGCAGCAAGCAGCUGCUGGAAGUGACUCUGCGGCUUGCUGUGCGCUGCGGCGCUGUCCUGCAAGAUGCCCCCCUUCGCUUCGCUGUGGGCCGGCUGUGCGGCCCUGCUGGCCUGCCUUUCCGCCGCCCGGGCUCUCUACUUCCACAUCGGGGAGACUGAGAAGAAGUGCUUUAUUGAGGAGAUUCCGGACGAGACCAUGGUGAUCGGGAAGUACAGGACCCAGCUGUGGGACAAGCAAACUGGGUCUUUUUUGACCUCCACACCUGGCCUGGGGAUGCAUGUCGAAAUCAAGGACCCAGACACCAAGAUCGUUCUGUCCAGGCAGUAUGGCUCUGAAGGACGCUUCACCUUUACUUCACACACUCCGGGCGAGCACCAGAUCUGUCUGCACUCCAACUCCACCAAGAUGGCGCUGUUCGCAGGUGGAAAGCUGCGAGUACACCUGGACAUCCAGGUAGGAGAGCACACUAACAACUACCCUGAGAUUGCAGCCAAGGACAAGCUGACAGAGUUACAACUCCGAGUCCGACAGCUACUGGACCAGGUGGACCAGAUACAGAAGGAACAGAACUAUCAGCGGUACCGCGAGGAGCGUUUCCGGAUGACGAGCGAGAGCACGAACCAGCGCGUGCUGUGGUGGUCCAUCACGCAGACCAUCAUCCUGCUCAUCACCGGCGUCUGGCAGAUGCGGCACCUCAAGAGCUUCUUUGAGGCCAAGAAGUUGGUGUAGCCGUGCCCCCCCCCCCCCCCUGCCGAUACUGCCGAGAGCUCUGCCGGAAGACCAGAGCCCACUGUCCCCCCUCCUCUCCCUUCUCCGAUUCUACCAAGAGCACUGCAGAAGGACUGACUUGACACACUUGCACGUCCUGCAUGAACAAGACACUGACAGACUGAUGCACGCAGACACAUUCAGAAAUACGUUUCACGUCACAACAUCCUGAAAAUCAGCAGUGACUUCAUCAUCCUGGAGUAUAGGUGUGAUCAGAGAGUCUGUUGGAAAUACAGAAUGUCCUCCAUGUAGUGGCAGUUGGAGGACCCGUCCGUUUCACACUUGGCACACAAUUUAGCCCUGGUGUUGCUUAGUUUUCACAAAAAAAAAGCUUAUUUGCAUUCCAUAUUUCUUGUGUUGUAAUUAUUGUGUGAAAGGCCAUUGUUCUAAGCUUUAAGAAUUAAGUUAAUAUGGACAUAUGUAGAGUUAAUUAUGCUGAGAAGUUAGUGUGUUGUAUCUUAGAUAAUUUGGCAUUCACAAAAAGCACCAGUCACGGCAAAGUGCGUGCCGUGUCGGCUGAAUGAGUCAGAUUUCCACAAAACUUCAUAAAAGUUCUUUUUUUAAAAAAAAAAAAUGUAAGAACAACAGGAGUGGUUGCUUGGUAUCAUACUGUGCAGCCAGGAUUAACCAUGUUUGUGCUGCUGUGGGCUGGUCAGCCAGCUGGCAGUCCUGUCCCAUACAAGAGUCAAAAAUCCUCCUUUAAGGAGAUUAAUAUGGAUGUAGACAACACUGAAGAGGGAGGAAACACUACAGCUCAAACACACUGUACAACUAAAGCCUAAACGGCAAGACUCCAGCUAGAUGUAACGUCUGAAAGAGGUUAAGAGGGCGUAUGAGUCACCAUCACCAGCACGGACAGCUGGUGGCGGCUCGGAAAGCUCAAAUGCUGAAGAACACUUCAAACCAAUAAAGGAUUUUCUCAAAGCCUGAAGAUUCACAGAUUUGAGCCUGAGUUUGUGUAGACAUUGAAUGGCUUAUAUCGUCGAUUUUGUUGUGAUGAAUUAAAAAUGAUUUUGAAACUAUC